AUGGCGGAAGUGGUCCCUUUCACUGUUCCCAUAGAAAGUGACAAAACCUUGUUAGUGUGGGACCUAAGUCCUGGCCCCACGGCCGAAGCGUUGCAUCAUUCUCUCUCUGCAGUUUUCUCCCAGUUUGGACUCCUGUAUGGGGUGCGCGUCUUCCCCAACGCCGCAGCGGCCCCGCCGGGUUUCUACGCCCUCGUCAAGUUUUAUUCGGCGCAGGCGGCUCACAAAGCCCAACGGGCCUGCGAUCAGAAGCCCCUUUUCCAGUCCUCUCCAGUGAAGCUCCACAUUUCCCACAGACACAAAGCAGUUCAACAUCGGACACUUGCCCUAAACAGCUCCCGGUGCCAAGAAUUGGCAAAUUACUACUUCGGUUUCAAUGGAUGGUCCAAAAGGAUUAUCAAGCUUCAGGAUCUUUCUGGCCUUGAAGAAAGGGAAAAUGAGGAGACUGUGGCGCCACUUCAGAAGCAAAGGGUGAAAUUCUUCUGUGCCCUAGAGGUGGUGUUGCCAUCCUUUGAUUGCAAGAGCCCUGGGGUUGGCAUUGCUGAGGAGACUUUGGAUGAACUGGAAGGGCCAUUAUCAUUCCUUAUGAAAAGGAAGACAGCCCAGAAGUUUGCUAUUCAGAAGGCUGUGUCGGAUGCAUUUCAGAAACUGUUCAUUGUGGUUUUAGAAAGUGGUAAAAUAGCUGUGGAGUAUAGGCCUUCUGAAGAACUCACCGAUGCCAGAACCGAAGAACUACCUGAUUUAAUUCAAGUCAGCUACGUUUCUUGGAAGCAGGAUGGCCAAGGGGAGGAAGAAUGUCUCUCGGAUUUCAGUUAUGAGGAGGAAGCAUUAAGACUGCCACAAGUGGACUAGU